GUAUAAGUGAGACUGCUGCAUCGGAGGCGCGUCGCAUUAGGACGAGGGAUUGGUUCGAUGCCCUCGAAGAUUUGGAGAGACUCAGAACUCGUUCUGUUGUAAGCACGGAACUAUUCGAAUAUGCACCAGCAGAUAAUACAGCCAAUACCUUAAGAGUUUUGGGUUACGAGUGUCAUACAGCGGUGGAUGUGGAGCGAUGGCUGGCCACGACUGUAAGAAAUGUUCCUCGUGAGGUGAUCCGAGUAUUCCUGAAAAAUUCCCUUCAACAUUAUUACUUCAUGUUGCGGUAUAUGUUUGGAGAAAUCUUUUCACCGAAUCUAGCCAGAGCAGCAUAGAAAAUAGGAGGAUUGUUACGAUGUCCAUUACUAUCCGAAUGACUUGAAGUGCGCCUUUGUGAUGAACAAUCCUGAAUCAUGUGGAUCGAGAGAAACAUUUAUAAGCUACACACCAUAUAUUUAUUGCUUUGGUAUACUAUCAUCGAGUUUGCAGUCUAUUUCUGUGAUAAUUUUCAUGAUUCUUCUCCUUGUGGCACUUUUUCUUCUCAUUGGACUUAUUGCUGAGCGAUUUCUCUUUCCUGUGGUUAAUAUUGUUGCCAACAGAAUGGGCCUUAGUGAAUCUCUGGCUGGAACAACAUUAAUUGCAAUUGGAUCUGGUUUACCGGCAAUCUUUGCAAUUUUUCUGGAUGAUUUUUCUGAGAUUAUGGAGUCUCUUGUUGAAGAAGUUCUAGGAUCAACUGCUUUCAAUGUCUCUGUUGUUCCUGCCUGCAUUGUCAUCCUGAAACCAUUUCGUGUGACCAGUCGACAAUACUACAGAGAUACAAUUUUUCUAGCCAUCAGUGUCUGUCUUUUUGCAAUUUUCAUUUCCGACAGGAAGUUUUCAAUGGCAGAAGGAAUUAUUCUCUAUGGUUUAUACAUAAUUUAUCUGAUACUGGUCAUUGGAAAUCAUUUAAUCCAGAACUACAAAGCAAAGAAACAACAGGAACACACCGAAGGCAUUGAAAUUGCCGAAAUAGCUGAAGAAGCUUUGGAAAUUGAGGCUGAAGCUGUUGUUCGGCGGCACAAGCGAAAGGGCUUGCCAUUUGGCUGGAGAAGAACCACUAACAAGGGACUCUUGCAAAAUUUCCUGGAAAACAUCACUCCAUUGGAUGAAGAUAUGCUCAAACCUUCCAAUUGGUAUUACGAAAAGUUCUUGGAGGUGAUUCAAGCACCACUUUUCCUGAUACUUCUACUCACAAUUCCAAUGGUUGAUUACUCAGUGGCAGGAAAGAAAUGGUGCAAAGUUCUCAAUGUAAUUCAUUGUAUCACUUUUCCGCAAUUAAUAGCUUUCCUCUUUCAAGGUGAGUUUACUUUAGUGAAAUAUAUUUCCCAUUAAAUUGCAUCAAAAAUAUGGUGUGGAGGAAAUAGAUUAUUGAUCAGGAUGAUCAGCAGAAGCACUUGAAUGUAGAUUAAUGAGAAAACAUAUUGCAUAAUCCUAUUAGCAAAAUAGUAAAUUAGAGGAAAGUGGGACUAGAUUGUACAGGGAUAUCAUGUACAAACCUUUUUAUUCAUAAUAAUAAUAAAUUUACUGUUUAAGAGUAAAUAUAUUCCAAAUUUUGGAAGAAUUUUUCUAUAGAGGAAAGUGAUCAACUUCCGAUCUUGUCAGCCAUUGAAUAUUGUAAUUAUUAUAAAUUUAUUAAGAGAACAGCAUUUUUGUUUCGAGAAAAAGAAUAAAAUUACAAUCUUUUUAAAGUUGGUGCAUUAUAAAGCAGAUCUGACCGCUUAUUUCUAAAUGGUUUUAAAGAUUUUCCUUUUCAAGAUGUGGUGUGACUUUUUUAAAUAAUUAUGUUUGUCAUCAAACUUUUACUUUUAAAACUAUUUAAAUAUUAAUAUAUUUAUUUGUAUUUGUGUGAUAAAUUUUGAAUGUUUGAAUUUUUAGAAGAUUUUUCUCUAACUGAGAGUUUCAAAAGCAAUAUUAUACUUAGAGGAAUGAGAAAAGAGUAAAUUAGAAAUAUAUAAGAAAUAAGGAUGAUAGGGAAGAAGAAAUAAUAAAAAAAAUAAUAAAACUAUGUCCUUAAAUAAAGUGGUCUUCUUAUAAACGAGAUUUCUAAAUGCUGCAAUUAUUAUUUUUCUAACACAAAGAUGCGAUUAUCGGCUUAUUUGUACACUUGUACUGCCAAGAAAUUUCUAGUGAUACACAGAAAAAAAAAAAAUUCAUAAAAUUGUUCGUACAUGUUUGUGAAUUCCUACCGGGAACUUACGAAAUGCCCUUAUAUCGCAUAAACUAUAAAAAAGUUCGUAAGAGUUUGUAUGGUUUGUAUUAUUUCACAAACAUUGUUGAUAAAACUUUACGAACAAAUGACAAAAUUUAUGAACAUUUUUUGUAUGCUUAGAAAAAUUAACGAACAAAUGUUUCUAAAAUAACAAAAAAUUCUCAUUAAGUGCUCAUGUAACCAACAAUGUUUUGUGGAUAAAGUACAAACCUUUACGAACUUUUUAUGAGUUAUACGAUUUAGGAGCAUUUCGUAAGUUCCCAGUGAGAAUUCACAAACAUUUACGAAAAAUUUUACAUUUUUUUUCUGUGUAAAGGAUUCGAACUUGGGACUGCAUAAUAAAGUGAGAGCUCUAUCACUUAAAUUCCUUUUCUAAGAGAUAUUUAAAUUAAACGAGUAAAAUAGAUCUUUUUUUUAAUUUGUUUAAAAAUUACAUACACAAAAAUAGUGAACAACGGUUUCACAAAAGGGUGGAAAAUUAAUAAUGCAAAACAGGAAGUAAGUGAAAAUGUUUCAAAAUUGAAAAAGAAAAAAAAAUCAAAAGAAGAUUAGAAAAGGAUUAAAAACAUAAAAUAGGAAAUCAAAUUAUAUUAAAUUGUCCGUUCCAUUUAUUAAAUAUUAAUACUUAAAAAAUAUACCAAACCUGUAAGAUUUUUCUUAACACUAAACCUACCGACCGUUUUAGUUCUUGACACACUUAGGACUUAAGCCGAGAAACAGCUUAGUGGAAAAUUAUUUGUGGUUUAACCAUUAUUUCGAAUAUAAUUACGCUAAGCCAUCUCUCGGCUAAUCUUCAAGUCUGAAGGUCUGUGAAGGGUUUUUCCUAGCGCGCUCGGUCAAAUGGAAAAGAGAAAAAAAUUAAAAUUUAAACACUAAAAGAUAUAUUGCAUGCAUAUUUUAAGAAAUUCAUAAAGUUUGAUAGCGACAUUGUACCGUUUAAAUAUGUGUUAAUUUUAAAAAGCUUUUAAAGAGGUCAAUGUGACCGCUCUUGGUAGGUUUAGCGUUAAAAUUCAAUUUUUGUUCAUUUUCCAACUUCAUUCUAAAAGUCUCUGAAAAUAUAAGAGGUGGAGUAAAUACAAAAGUCAAUAGUAUAAAAUUUGAAUUAAAUUCUGAGAGGUAUCCAGCUAUGACAAAUUGCAAUAGAUUAUAAAAGAAAAUAAAAUAACUGGGAAACACUGUUUAUUUUUCAAAUACUGAUCAGAAACUUUGUAGUCGAAAUGGGAUGAUCGUAAUUCGAAUUCGAGGAUUUAAUUAUAUAGCCCUACUGGUUACGAUUCUAGAAAUAAAGACUUAAGAAAAAAAAUUAACUAAAAUCUAGUCUGAGUUGAAAAUUAAAAUUGUGUUCGAUUUAGCUCUGCUCUCCCCUAUGCAAUAUAUCAUUAAUUAAUUUACUAGUAUCUUUAAAAUUCUGUAUCUUUGCCAAAUGUUGAUUAUACAAAGUAGAAUUUUGAUGUAUUUCUUCAAAUAAACACUGAUCUACAUUUUGUGUCCUUUUCUUUGUUUAUGAAAAUCAGUAAAAGUAGCUUUUAAUAGUUAAAUAUGUCGAAUACAAAAAAGUGAAUGGUCGUGAGAAAAACAUAUUAUUGAAUUCCAUUUAUGAGCAAAACAUAAAUGAAUUGAUUUAUUGCUCACUAAAAGUAAAUUAAUGUACUGAUAUAUUUAAUUUAUUCAUUAAAUGUAAUGCAUUUUUAAUUAAAACAUGUUCACUGACUUGUGCAAUAAAUAAAUGAUCUUCUACUACAAUAAAA